CGGCGUUCCCGCUCCAGGGGCCUCAGACCUCGCGGGAGAGCGCGGCACAGCGCAGAUUAAAAACCAAGAAACAUCAACCAGAAGCAGCAGUUUCUUGACAUGGAGAACCAAGCCAAUAAUACAAUGGGAGCUUCUCCUUGUGAGGCUGAACUUCAGGAAUUAAUGGAACAAAUUGACAUCAUGGUAAGCAACAAAAAAUUGGACUGGGAAAGGAAAAUGCGGGCUUUGGAGACACGAUUAGAUCUUCGGGAUCAAGAGUUGGCAAAUGCACAAACUUGUUUGGAUCAGAAAGGUCAAGAGGUGGGGUUACUUAGACAGAAAUUGGACAGUCUGGAAAAAUGUAACUUAGCAAUGACUCAGAAUUACGAAGGACAACUACAAACCCUGAAAGCUCAAUUUUCCAAACUGACGAAUAGCUUUGAGAAACUGAGACUACACCAGAUGAAACAAAGUAAAGUUCGGAGAAAAGAAUUACUGCACCCCAGAGAAGAAAUACCCUUUGAACUGAGCAAUCUGAACCAGAAAUUAGAGGAAUUUAGAGCAAAGUCAAGAGAAUGGGACAAGCAAGAGAUACUGUAUCAGACUCAUCUGGUUUCUUUAGAUGCUCAACAAAAAUUAUUAUCUGAGAAGUGUAAUCAAUUUCAGAAACAGGCACAAAGUUACCAAACUCAACUGAAUGGUAAAAAACAGUGCAUAGAAGACGGCAGCUCAGAAGUUCCUCAGUUGAUGUGCGAACCGGAUCACAGUUGUGAAGCCAGUGAAAGAGAUGAGUUCAUUAUUGAAAAACUAAAAUCAGCUGUGAGUGAAAUAGCAUUAAGCAGGAAUAAGUUACAGGAUGAAAAUCAGAAGCUUUUGCAAGAACUGAAAAUGUACCAAAGACAGUGCCAGGCCAUGGAAGCAGGACUCUCGGAAGUGAAAAGUGAGCUACAGUCACGUGAUGAUCUCUUGAGAAUUAUAGAAAUGGAACGAUUACAGCUGCACAGGGAAUUAUUAAAAAUAGGAGAGUGCCAAAACACUCAUGAAAAUAAGAAAAGACAUGAAUCAUCUUACUCACCUUCGACUAAAGAACCAGAAAGGAAAAGGAAAGAGUUGUUUUCAGUGAUCCUAGAUCACCCAAAUCAUGAAAAAGAGUUGAACAAGAUAAGAAGCCAACUGUAUCAGGAGGAAGAGUGCCAUGGUUCUGAGCAGGAAAGAAUGAGGAAUGAAAUCUCGGACCUAACAGAGGAACUUCAUCAGAAGGAGAUCACUAUAGCAACUAUCAUGAAGAAAGCUGCCUUUCUGGAAAGACAGUUAAAAAUGGAGUUAGAAAUAAAAGAAAAAAUGUUAUCAAAACAGCAGGUCUCAGACAUGAGAUACAAAGCUGUCAGAACUGAAAACACACACCUGAAAGGGAUGAUGGGAGAUUUGGACCCCGGACAGUACAUGACAAGUGAAAUCACUGACAUUAAGAGUUUGGACUUCACUAACAGGGAACAUUCGAGGCAUACGUCUAUUAACAAACUGGAACACGAGAAUGAAAGGCUCCGAAAUGAUCUUGCAAAACUUCGCUCCAAUGGCAAAUCAGCAUGGGCCAAUCAAAAUACCUAUGAAGAAAUGGGACGGUACACCUAUCAAAACCAAAUGAAAAUGGAAAAAAAUGAAGAUAGACUUAGCCAAGACCGGGAACCCAACAGAAGUGUGACACCUCCUCUGCCGCCUUUGCCAUUUCAAACCAGAGAAGUGACAAGUCCCCUGGUUAGCGAUGACGAAGUGUUCCCACUGUCUCCCCCAGAUAUAGUCUUCCCAGCCUCUUUGGCUGCACAGCAUUUCCUUCUGGAGGAAGAGAAGCGAGCAAAAGAAUUUGAAAAACUUCUAAAUACACAUAUUGAUGAACUGCAAAAACAUACAGAAUUCACUCUUAAUAAAUACACCAAGCUAAAACAAAAUAGACACAUUUGAGCUUUUAAACUCUUUUAUUUGCUUCCCC